CUGAAAACAGAAAAUAUCACCCACUUAUACAGUAUGCUCAUGGCUUCAAUAUAUUGGUAUCAGCUUGUCUUCCUAAGUCAAGUCUGGCCUGCGAUUCAUGGGGUUGCUGAUGCGAUGAUACACAUUGUGGCAACAUGUAGUGAAGAUGUGUUGCUCCCUUGUAGAAUUUCCCAAGAUCUACAAGUCACAAAUGGGGCAGUCUCUUGGUAUAAGAUUGGUGACAACAGUGAAGUACUACAGGAUCUGCAAUAUCAUAAGGACUAUGGUUAUUCAAGAGAACUUAAUGAAUCCUUAGAGGUCUCUAAUAGCACCUGGCAUUCUUUGAAGAUUAAAAAUAUUACAAGUUAUAGCAGUGGGACAUAUACGUGCAUCUUAAGGACACCAGUUAGAAAAUACAACGAAAGUACAAUUACGUUAAAAGUAAUAGGUUGUCCUGGUCCAAAAUUUAAAGAAUACAGAACAGAACUUUUGUUAUUGUGCUCUCUUGGGUUUUUCUACUUGUUGCUCAUCUUCUUCACUUGCACAUGCUUAAAGGAGAAAAGUCCUCCAGUUUAUCAUAAAUCCAGAAAAACACACAUAGACGAUAAACUUCUCAUCAGUACCUGUUGAAAGGAUGGUUUCCAAUGGCCAGUAUGGAACAGCACUGGCAAAGACAAGCUUAUUUAGAGAUUUGCCCAGUUGAUUUUGUUGAGUCAUUGGAGGACCAGCAGUAGCCUUAAGAACAUCAAGACAGAUGAAUUGUAUACGUAUUUUCCUCUCAGAAUAACCUGAAAGUCUCAGUAUUAUAAAAGCUACUUGCUUCAACUAGGGAAAACGUCAGAGAACAUAGUUUCGUUCACUACAAUAUGAAUAUACACCAGUGACAAUACAAUAUUCUUACAAUGUUACUAUAUAAAU